CAUAAAUUUUAUAUACGUUGGAAAUAUACAGUCAGAUGAUAGCGAAUGCAAGUUCUUAGAGACCUUUCGCCAUUAAAAAACCCCAGAACACAGCUUAAAAAAACGCGGGCUUCUAUCUUUCCCGCUAGGGGCGCCCCGACAUUAAUAAAACGCGCUAACAAUAUAAUUUCAACAAUUGUAAAAUCCAAUUGUUGAUUAGAAGCGAUUGUUUUCGGACGCAAUUUUUUUCGAAAGCGAGAUAUUUUUGCCAAAAUGAAUGCUGAAAAUUUUCAGUGCUUUUCUAAUGAAAUUUAUUCGUUAUUUGGAUAUGACAAUUAUGUUGUGUAUGCUUAUCAAUAUACAAUAUUCUAUGUACCGUAUGAAUUAUGGUCAGGAAUGCCUGGAUAUGGGCCUAAUACAGAAUGCCCACAAAGUGGAAUACCUUCAGAAUAUUAUGGAUAUGGGCCGCAAUCGGACAUAAAUCAACAGUGGCCGGGUCCAGAAUAUUAUGUAUAUGGACCGUAUGAAAAUGGGACAUAUUCACAAAAUAUUGAAUAUGGGCCGCAAGUGGAUAUAAAUCAACAGUGGCCAGGUCCAGAAUAUUAUAUAUAUGGACCGUAUCAAAAUAUAUAUGAAAAUGGGCCAGAUUCACAAAAUAUUGGAUAUAGAUCGCAAGUGGAUAUAAAUCAACAGUGGCCGGGUCCAGAAUAUUAUAUAUAUGGACCGUAUCAAAAUAUAUAUGAAAAUGGGCCAGAUUCACAAAUUGUUGGAUAUGGUCCGCAAGUGGAUAUAAAUCAACAGUGGCCGGGUCCAGAAUAUUAUAUAUAUGGGCCGUAUCAAAAUAUAUAUGAAAAUGGGCCAAAUUCACAAAAUGUUGGAUAUGGACCGCAACCGGACACAAAUCAACACUUGCCGGAAAUAGAAAAUUUCGGAAAUGGGCCACACUCAAAUUUAAACGAACAUUGGCCUGCCCCAGAAAUUAUUAAUUGUGGGCCUCAACCAGAUGUAACUGAAAAUUGGCUAACUGCGGAAAUAAGCGUGUAUGAACCGCUGGCAGAACUCCAGCAGCCCUCGCUCCCAACACAAAUGCUGGAACAUUGUCCGGAGCCAGAGUUACUUGAAGAUGGAAAGAUGCCAUCUAUACUUACCGAAUACGAAGAACCAACAGAGUUUCCCAGAUAUGAGUCAGCAGCUCUUAAUUCUGUAAAUGCAGUAGAACAAAACCACUUUUCAUCAGAAACGAUUCAUCAGCUACAAAAAGUUUGUGGGUUUCAAAUGCAAGACUCUAAUCAAAGUGAAAUGACUGAAACUUGUUUGGAUGAUAACAGUUCUUCGGAAUGUGUUAAUAAUUCGAAGAAAGACUUUACAAAAGACAAACAUAAUAAACUCUCUGAAAAUACAAUUACAAACAGCGAAAAUGAAGAUACGUUUAGUAAAUUCAACGCUACAGAAGAGUCUCCAAGUAAGAACGUGCCAGAAACUCCAUUGUCUCCAGCACAAAUCACAUCGAUUGUAAACGGCAGUUAUACACUACGACCGUUAUAUAGAGCGUUUCUGGAGCUGGAAGAAAAUUCGUUAGUAUGUGAAGUAAUAUACGAAGAGGAGGAGCUUGACUAUGAAGAUGCUCUGUCCGAAACUGAUUAUAGCACGGAAUCAGAUACGAUGUCAAUUGAAGGUGACGUUCCUGAUACCACAAACGAAAACAAAGUAUCUGACGAUUGUACUAUGUAUCAAAAUGUUAUAAUAGUUCGAGGUCAUUUGCCGGUUCGCCAAACAUGUGAAUUAGUAUUUAUCAGCCCAACAUCGUCUUCUGUUUAUGUCGAAUCAGACAAAUCUGAUUUAACAACAGAAAUGUACGAAAUUUGUGACGAAUUACCUGCGGAAAAUGACAAAAACCUUGCAGACGAAUUUUCUUCGGUGGAUAAUUCUACAAAAAUAAUUGAAGAAAAUUUAAUUAAAGAAUUAUCUGAUACAAGUGAAGAAAUAUCGAAAAAUGAAACUGUCGCCAUUAAAUUAAAUGAAAAUCAAUUUGAUCUAAAUAUAAAAGUUUCAAAAACUAAUGAAAACGCCGUAGGAGAUGAAAUCGGAUUAGAAAAAUUUGAUGAAGAAAAUCAUAAGCAAGACGAAAAAGACACAAACCAAAUCUUAAAUAAAACAGAUUUGGAAGAAAUCAAAUAUGGUGGAUCUGAAUGUUUAGCCAAGCCACAAACGGAAAAGAAAGGCGUAACAAGAUGCCUGGACGUGUUCAGACGUGUUCUCCGCAGGUUUGGAGAUUUACUUUUUCCUUGCUUGAGACGGAAAAUGUAA